AUGGCGCCCUCGAGAAAUCCCACCACAUGGGACGAGUACGACGGCGUGGCAUCGCCCUCGGGCAGCGUUUCGUCAAACCCCUUUGCAGAGCAACAACCGCUGCUCGACGAUGACGACGCUGACGAUGGUGGCGCGCAUCCCGCUGCUCGACACAUUGAGCGCAGACGGUCCUCCGUCACCGACCGUCUUGCCGCCAUGGCAGAUGUUGGCGGCGUCAACAGCUUCAGGUCCUUUGCCCGCAGUUGGCAGCGCGCCGCCGCGUUCCCAGAGGUUCUUCCUCGGCGCCCGAGCUUCGUCUUUGCGGCCGAUCAGCAGAUGGACGGCGAGGAUCUCGAGUACUCGACAAGUCACGAUGACGGCGACGAUGGUGGGUUGGGCCGGCGCUCGGAGGCGUCGCCGCGGGUGGGGAGUCCCUUUGCUGGCUCAAGCAACAAUAUCGUAGAUUCGCAGGGCAGAGAGCGCGAGGGCAAGCAGCAUGUCGACGUGGAAAUGGCGAGCGGCGCGCUGCCGGCUACAUUUUCUAGUUCGAGCAUAUUUGGAUCGUCACCUUACCUGGCCACGCCCAGCAUCAUUGGUAGCUAUGAUUCAUAUCGCAGUUAUGGUACAAUUGGUGGCCCGUCGCUCAUUCGACAUCGACCGUCCAUUAUUCGAGUGGCGCCGGGCCAGACAGAAGAGGAGGCGGCCCAGGAAGAAGAUGCUGCCUACGGCGAGGAGCAGCCCAUCCUGGUCAAGGAGGUGAAGCAGGGAAACAAGGUUGUUCUGACUGUCGACGGCCAGAGCACCUUGCCCCAAUCCAUCUUCAACUCCAUCAACGCCAUCAUUGGCGUUGGAUUGCUGAGUUUACCGCUGGCCUUUAAGAUGAGCGGCUGGGUUCUCGGCCUCAUCAUCCUCACGGUGACUGCGGCCGUCACAGGACACACGGCCAAUCUGCUGGCCAAGUGCAUGGAAUACGACGCCAGCCUCAUUACCUACUCUGACCUGGCCUACGUCUCGUUUGGCACCAGAGCUCGUAUCAUUGUGUCGGCCUUGUUCACCAUUGAGCUCAUUGCCGCAUGUGUCGCUCUCAUCAUCUUGUUCUCCGACUCGCUUGCCCUGCUGCUUCCCGGCCUGGCAAGUGUAGAGGUGUGGAAGUGUAUCUGCGCCGCCAUCACUCUUAUUCUCAACGCUCUGCCUCUUCGCUGGCUGAGCUACACCAGCGUCAUUGGCAUCUUUUCUACCUUUUGCAUUGUGUGCGUUGUCAUUGCUGAUGGCCUCAUCAAGACGGAGGCCCCUGGCUCUUUGUGGGAGCCCGCUGCUACACACCUUUUCCCUACGAAUUGGUUGGCGCUGCCUCUUGCAUAUGGCCUCAUGCUCAGCCCAUGGGGAGCUCACUCCGUAUUUCCCUCAAUUUAUCGAGACAUGCGCCACCCUCACAAAUGGGGCAAAGGCGUUGCCGUCACAUUUUCGUUUUCCUACGUUCUAGACACCUGCCUCGCCAUCGUCGGCAUGCUCAUGUUCGGCGACGGCAUCGGCGAGGCCAUCACCAACAACAUCAUCCGGAGCUCCAGCUUCCCCAAAGGCCUCACCAUCUUCAUGUGCAUCUGCGUCACCAUCAUCCCCCUAACCAAACUCCCGCUCAACGCUCGCCCCCUCAUCACCACCGCCGACGUCCUCUGCGGCCUUCACCACCACCCUCACCACCAUCAUCAUCAUUCCUCCAACGGCACCGACGACUGGAAACCCGCCUUUGUCAGAUCCUGUCAAAGGGCUCUGGUGCGUGUUGUAGUCGUCCUCAUCCUGCUCGGCAUAUCCAUCCUCUUUCCAGCAUUUGACUCCGUCUGCGCAUUCCUCGGCGCGGCGCUGUGCUCGCUCAUCUCCAUCAUCUUGCCCAUCUCGUUUUACCUCAAGCUCUACGCAAAGGACGUCGAGGCGAGAGAACGCCUCGUGCUGUACUGCUUGCUGGUGGUGUUUGGCGUGUUUGGGCUUAUCGGUACUGUGUUUACGUUUUUGCCAAAGGAGCUCAUUGGCGUUUAA